AUGCCGGAGCGCACCGGGUGCGGUCCCUGCCCUCCCUCGGGGCUGGGGGACCGAUCUCAGCGCAUCGCAGAGCCAAGAGGAUGCCGCGGCGCCCGUGCUAUGGAAAAGCUGCCCAGCCCAGGCUCCCCAGUGCUCCCCGGCAGGGUGAGGGGCAUCCCGCCUGACGGGAAUGGGGACCAGACACGGAUUUGGGGAGAAGAAAGGUUUGCGAGAGCUGGGAGCUCCGGCAGCACCGAUGAGGCUGUGGAAGGGGUCAGUGGGGACGGGCGAGUCCCUGAUCCUGCCGUACCCCAGAACGGGCUGUGCCGAGUCCCUGAUCCUGCCGUACCACAGGAGGGGCUGUGCCGAGUCCCUGAUCCUGCCGUACCCCAGAACGGGCUGUACCGAGUCCCUGAUCCUGCCGUACCCCAGAACGGGCUGUACCGAGUCCCUGAUCCUGCCGUACCCCAGAACGGGCUGUGCCGAGUCCCUGAUCCUGCCGUACCACAGGAGGGGCUGUGCCGAGUCCCUGAUCCUGCCGUACCACAGGAGGGGCUGUGCCGAGUCCCUGAUCCUGCCGUACCACAGGAGGGGCUGUGCCGAGUCCCUGAGCCUGCCGUACCACAGGAGGGGCUCCGGCCCGGCCCCGGCCGCUCGGAAGGCGGAAAUCCCCGGCGGGGGAGGCGUGGGAGGGAAGAGGCUGGUGCUCGACUCGGCUCAGCACAGCUCAGCACGGCUGUUCAGCUCGGCUCGGCUUAGCACGGCCGGGCUCAACUCGGCUCCGGCGCGAUGAAGCCGCACGGGUACAGAUUUCUGUUACUGCUUCUUCAUAUCCUGAAAGCUGUUUUUGCACUAGAGAAGACGAACAUCAUCAGUAAACUUGGAGACAACGCCACACUAAGUUGUAUUUUUAAUAAAAACAACUUGCAAUUGAAAAAUCUACGGGUCUAUUGGCAAAUAGCUGAUGAUUCCUACCAAGACAAGUGUUCAGUUGUACAUGUACUGAUGUCUGGCCAAGAUGAGAACAGUAAUCAGUGUAUUCGCUUUAAAGACAGGACUCGAUUAUUCUGGGAUAGGUUGGAAAAUGGUGAUUUUUCUCUGCUAUUACUAAAUGUCAGCCAGAGUGAUAGAAAUACAUACAGAUGCAUAGUGCAGAGCACAACUGAAUAUUCCAAAGUGAUUUACCAGGCAGAAGUGGUUCUCAGUUUAGCAGUGAGCUACAGUCAGCCAAUACUCAGUGGACCAAUUAGAAACAGUGACAGCACUGGAGAGGAGGUGACCUUCAACUGCAGGUCUGGCAAUGGAUACCCAAAGCCCAAUGUCUACUGGAUCAAUAAAGUGAACAACAGUCGCCUGUCUCCAUCAAAAAUAGAGAUCAUAUCCCAUGAAAAUGGCACUUUCAAUGUUUUUAGCACACUGAAAGUGAAAGCCACUUCUAACAUGCAAAUAGAGUGCUCCAUAGAAAAUGAGAUGCUGCAGGAAAAUCUGUCAGCCAACUACACACAGCAGAAGAAAAGCAUUGGUUCUGGCACAGGAAGUGACGAAAACCUAGAAAAAAAAGGACGAGGUGCUCAAGCAGCUGGCAUCAUUGGCAUUAUCUUUGUGAUAGGUCUUCUAACUGGUUUAAUCUGCUGGCUGUGGAGGAGGAGGUCCUCUAAUCUCGUGUCCUAUAGAGAUGUCCAAACAAGAGAAGACCAAGGAGGACUCAACUGUCAGCUGGACACCACGUGCCAUGCAUUUGUUGGAGAAACUGUGGUUUUGCCUUGCACCACCAACCCUCCUGGAGAGCUGACCCUUUCCAAGUCAAUGCUCUACUGGCAGAUUGGCACCAAGGAGCUGGUGCACUUCUUUCAGAAUGGGCAGGAUUCACUGGAGGGCCAGGACAAAAAAUUCAAGGGCAGAACCAGUCUUUUUCUAGACCAGAUGAAGCAUGGCAACCUUUCCUUAAAGAUCUCCAAUGUCCAGUUCAGGGACGAUGCUUUAUAUUCCUGCAUCUACAGACAGACUGAGAGCCACCAAACAGAGAAAUAUACAAUUAAACUCAAGGUAUCAGCUCCACCUACAAUUGAGAAGCCACCUUCCCCUUCUGGUAAGGCAAUUCUCCUUAACUUGCUAAGUGUCUGA